AUAUAUAUAACUAUCAUGAGUAAUUUCAUGACUCCUCCUUUGUCGUAUUUUUUCAAUAUGUUCUUUCUCUUCACCUAAAUUAUUUUGUUAAAUUUUGUUAACAACAAACUUAUCAAGAGCUCUUUUUUUCCAAGUCCUCUCAUGGGUUUGAGAUGUGCUAUUUUCUCAGUACUCAUUUUCCUGGUGUGUGUAACUGUGAAAUCCCAACAAAAUCAAGCAAGCAAGAUAAUCAGUUUGGGCUUCUCUCUUUCUCCGACUAAUCCUCCCACAUUCUGGCCUUCUCCUUCUGGCCUAUUUGCAUUUGGUUUCUACACACAACAUACAGGCUUUAAGGUCGGAAUUUGGUUGGUGGGCAACAAUGGCAACAUAACAAUUGUAUGGACUGCAAAUAGAGAUGAUCCACCAAUCACCUCCAAUUCGACACUCGAGCUCACCAGGAGUGGGAAACUUGUUCUAAGAACAGAAGAGCAUCGUGGAGAAGAGAAGCUCAUAGCAAACACCACAGGGUCUGCUGCCUCUGCCUCCAUGCUCGAUUCUGGAAAUUUUGUUCUGUACAAUGACACUCAGCAACAGCAACCCAUUUGGCAGAGUUUUGAUUUUCCAACUGACACAAUUCUAGGAGGACAGAAUCUGUCAAUGGAUAUGAGGCUAACCUCUCAUUUAUCAGACACCGACCACUCAACCGGGCAGUAUGAAAUCAUUUUGCAGACUGAUGGGAACCUCGUUAUGUACCCACUAAACAUUGAACAAACCCCAACCGAUGCUUAUUAUGCCUCGGGGACUAAUGGGUAUGCCCCUCUUUUCCUUUCCUUCAAUCAUUCUACAGGCACUCUGGCUCUCAUAAACAGCACUAGUUUCGAAGCGAUCAUAUCCUUGCACUCAGGGUUGACUAGCAACAACAACUACAAAACAAUUAUUUAUCGCGCAACACUUGAUUUUGAUGGGUUUUUCAGAUUGAACUCUCAUAAAUUCAAUGCGAGUGGUGGUGAAUCCCAGAUUCAAACUGAAUGGAUACAACCGGCCAAUCCAUGUAAAGUGAGGAAUUUUUGUGGCUUCAACAGUUACUGCACAUUUAAUGAUAACCAGCCAUAUUGCCUUUGUGUUCCCGGUACCGAUUUCAUUGAUCCCAACAAGUGGUCUCUCGGCUGCGACAAAAACUUCUCGCGAAGAGUGUGCAAGGAUGGGAUAGAAAACGACACCAACUCAUUUGACAUUACUACCAUGGAGCAAAUGUCUUGGGGAGACUUUCCCUAUGUUGAAAUAAUGCAGGUGUCAAUGGAAGAUUGCAAGAAGUCUUGUUUAGAAGAUUGCAAUUGCGAAGCAGCCUCAUUCGUGGACUCGACUUGCAGGAAACAUAGUCUUCCAAUUAGAUAUUUUGAAAGAGACGUAGGAGGGGGAGCGUUCACAGCUCUCUUUAAGGUGCGUGUAGCCAAAAGCGAGAAGCCGCCGUUGCCAGAAACACUAGUUUCGGGCCGGAGCAAAAAAGAAGUAAUGUCAAUACUUGUUAUGACUAUUGGUUUGCUUACAAGUUCGUGUGUUGCUCUUGCCAUCUCAGGCAUAUAUGUUUACAAAUUCAGAGUUUUGAAGUACAAAAGGUUGUUGCAAUAUGGAAACGUGGGUAUUAUGCAGGAGCUCACCUUGCAUUUGUUUUCAUACAGUGAGUUGAAAAAAGCAACCAAUGGGUUCAAAGAAGAGCUGGGAAAGGGCUCGUUCGGAGCAGUUUACAAAGGCACUUUGUGCAGAGGUAAAAAGUUGAUUGCGGUGAAGAGACUUCAGAAGAUUGUGGAAGAAGGCGAAAGGGAGUUUCAGGCAGAGAUGCGAGCAAUCGGGAGAAGGCACCACAGAAACUUAGUCCAACUGCUCGGAUACUGUAUUGAGGGUUCUAAAAGGCUUUUGGUUUACGAGUACAUGAGCAAUGGCUCCCUUGCAGAUCUUCUUUUUAAAUCUCCAAGGCGCCCAGAUUGGAAUGAGAGAAUUAAAAUUUCCCUAAAUGUCGCAAGAGGGAUCCACUAUCUGCAUGAAGAGUGUGAGGCUCCUAUAAUUCAUUGUGAUAUAAAGCCUCAAAACAUAUUGAUGGAUGAGUUUUGGAAUGCCAAAAUCUCCGACUUCGGGUUGGCCAAGUUUUUGAUGCCUGAUCAAACGCGGACCUUUACAGGAGCCAGAGGGACUAGAGGAUAUCUGGCUCCAGAAUGGCAAAGAAACAUUCCCAUAUCGGUCAAAGCAGAUGUUUACAGUUAUGGGAUAGUCCUUUUGGAAAUUGUUUGUUGCAGAAGAAGCAUGGAAGUUAAUGUAUCAACACCAGAGGAGGUUAUUUUGUCUAAUUGGGUCUAUAACUGCUUUGCUGAGAGGGAGUUGAACAAGCUUAUGGUUGUGGGUGAUGAAGAAGUUGACAUGGAGACAUUAGAGAACAUGGUUAAAGUGGGACUUUGGUGCAUUCAAGAUGAACCGGCUCUUCGUCCUUCCAUGAAAAGUGUAGUUUUGAUGCUUGAAGGCAUUACUGAUAUAUCAAUCCCUCCAUGUCCAACUACCUACUAAGGAAUCCAUGUGAACUGCACUAAUAAUAUAUUUAUUUAUAUGUAAUUUAUUGUUGAGGUUCAUGUAAUUUUAAUUUUUAUUAAUGAAUAAGUGAUGAGAAAACUCUAUGUUUUCUCUUGUUUUCUCUCAACAGUAUGAA